AUGCAAUUCUCCUUUACCAAAAGCAUUUCAUUUGUUGUUUUCGCUAGUGCACUUACUGUCGGCGCAGUAGCUUUCCCUCAAACUCCCGGUGGUGCUGGAUGCCAACUUGGACACCAAAAAUGCGUCACUGAUGCUUCUGGAAAGGCUUCUUCCUUCAAUAUGUGCACACAAGAUGCUCCAGGAUCAACUGCCUGGGUUAAUAUUGCCUGUGGCGAGGGAACCUUUUGCCAAGUAUACCCAACUCUUGCUACUGCUAUUAUUAAUUCAAUUGUUUUGAGUGGGUGCCAAGGAGAUUACACGAUUAUUUCAGGUCAAUGUGCGGACUUUAGAUGGAACCACGCUUUUACCAAAACAGGGCCAAAUAGGAAACGUCGUCCUAUAUUAAUCAAAGGGUGA